AUGCCCCACGAGCGUCUGGCAGGGAUUCUUCUGUCCAGGAAGCUGUGCUAUGCCGGGGGAGUUGUGCCAUAUCAGAUUACUACUGCUGCCAUUGGCUUCUCCUUACAGAUUUUUCUGCUAAAUGUUGUACAGAUCGAGGCCUUCUAUGUUUCUCUGAUCCUGUUUGUGAGUCGGGCCUGGGAUGCUGUAACAGACCCACUGGUGGGGUACUUGGUGAGCCGCAGUAGCUGGACACCCAUUGGCAAACUCAUGCCAUGGGUGGUUCUCGCUAUGCCUUUUGGGGUCCUCUCCUAUGUCCUGCUGUGGUUCAUGCCCCAAGGCUCCAUGUCUCAAGCCUUCAGUGUUCCCUGGUACCUCACAGCAAGCUGCCUGUUUGAGACCCUCAUGACUUGUUUUAAUGUGCCUUAUCUUUCGCUGAGCAUGUUUUUGGGUGGAGACCAGAGAGACAGAGACUCUACCACAGCCUACAGGAUGAGUGUGGAAAUGCUGGCGAUGCUGGUGGCCUCAGCAAUUCAGGGUCAGGUUGUGGCUGUAUACAACACAGAGAGGGCUGCAGCCUGUCAACAGCUUGACACCCCUGCGCCACAGACAGUUACACAACAGGCCACGUGUAAGGCUUUCCUGACCUCAGCGCUGGUCAUAGGCGGGCUGUUCUUCCUCUGCUGCCUGGUCCUCUUCCUGGGGGUGAAGGAGCAGCAGGCUCCCCUCUAUAGUCUGGCUAGAGUGCGUCUGUCCUAUCUCACAACUCUAAAGAUGUUAGUGUGCCACAUUCCUUACCAACGACUGGUCCUUGGCCUCCUCUUUGCUGCACGUGCCUUUCAGGUAAAUCCUAAUGUCUUUGCACUGUUCUGUACCCAUGUAGCUGGGCUUGGGGCCCAGUUCCAACACCUUCUCCUGGCUCUGCUGAUAACAACCAUUAUAGCUGUUCCACUGUGGCAGGCAAUCCUGGUACAAGUUGGGAAAAAGACCACACUCUUCAUAGGCCUAUCUCUCUUCAUCCCAGCUGUAACAAUCAUAGCUUGUGUACCCAAUAACCUGCCUGUCUUUGUGGCCAUGUGUGUGAUGUUAGGAUUCAGCUUGGCAACCAUGUUCCUGCUGCCUUGGUCCAUGCUCCCGGAUGUGGUAGAUUACUUUGCCUUGAGAAACCUCUGCUGCAAGGACCUGGAGCCCCUGUUUUUCUCCUGCUAUGCCUUCUGCAGUAAGCUGGGGGGUGAUCUGUCUGUUAGAAUCUCAACCAUGACAUUACAUUUUGUGGGGUAUCGUGCAGGUGCUUGUAGCCAUAGUGAGGACGUGGUGACUGCUCUUAUUGUGCUGUUUGCCCCUGUGCCCAUCACCCUACUGCUGGUAGGGCUGGUCUUCUCCACCUGUACCCCAUCAACGAGGAUCGACUCCUCCAGCUCCAGAGAGAGCUAGGAAGAGAUGUUGAAGCCAUAGAUUCAACUGAUAUAGAAGAGAAGAUAGGAUCACACAUUCAUCAGUGAAGACACCAAACACAUGAGUCCAGUCUGAAGUCAUGUGGUGAGUCACAGCCAACUAAGUCCAGUUGUAUUUUAAAAAGUCACAACCUUAGAGGCUCCAAAAAGUUAAAUAACCAAUCACAAUAUCCACUGGAGUUUGAUUACGAUAUUUUGUGCGAGGAUCAAUAAUCAUGCCUCGCAUCUAUGUUGGAAAACUUAAUUAUAAUGCUCCAGAAAAAGACCUUCAAAGAUUUUUCAAUGGCUACGGAAAGCUUAUGGAAAUUGAUCUGAAAAAUGGGUAAGUUGAUCAUAUAAGAGAAUCAGUUGGAACAAAAAAUAGCUGGCAAGCUAAUGGUAACUUCAUAUCCAGUUGGCGUUAGCUAGCUUACGUUACCUACUUGCUUUCGUCUAGCUUCCCCAAAACAUACGCGAAAUACAUUCACAUUUGCCUUUCAUUUGUGUUAUCUGUGCGUGUAAUAUAAAUUAGCUCAAGUCAGUGGUUAUUAGAUGCACACAUUUUGAUUUACUAAAGCAUUUAACAUGUUUGGUAAAGAAGGCCCCUAGCUAACGUAUUUAGAUGCUAGCUACUACACAGCGUGUUCAAAAUGGCUGCUUGUUUGGCUGCAGGCAGUUUUCUUGGUCGUUACUAGUUAUUACAGCCAAAGUCACGAACCCCAGAAUUUCUCUUUAUUAAAAUGUGAUUUUUAAACCUAACCUUAACCAAUCACUCUUAACCUUAAACGAGGACCAAAAAAAUAAUUGUUUUCAUGCAUUUUUACAAUAUAGCCAAUUUCGACUUUGUUGCUGUGCUAUCUAGUGGGAACCUAUUAUUUUUUGUGCGGCCAUGUGGCUACCAAUGAUGUAUAUAAACCCUGGAUUUUGGAUGCUAAGUAUUGGCAUAUGAAGCUCUGAAGUCACCGGUCGGCCAUAUUGGCACUCCACGGAAGAAACAGUCCUCCAUAUUAAUAAAUGUCAUUCCUACAGUA